AUGGCAUGUGGGCCAGGGAAUCUCCGGGGUUAUAUCAGACCUGCAUUGUUCUCUGGCCGACUUGAGAAUCUGCCCUUUGUGGAAGGGGCCUGGUUCCAGACUUGCGGUCAAACCAACAUUUCCUGCAGGGUGGAGAAAGGAAGGCUGGUGGAGGUGGGCAAGUGGCCAUGGCAAGUGAGCAUCCUGUUCCUGGGAGUGUACAUCUGCAGUGGCUCCCUCAUCCACCAACAGUGGGUCCUCACAGCUGCACACUGCCUGCAGAGAUCUAAGGACCCCACAAAGUACUCUGUGAAGGUAGGAGUCCAGCAACGCCCAGAUGCCACCACCCAGUUACUGGUCUCUCGCAUUGUGAUCCAUGAAAAUUACAGCAAUGUUAUGUCCCAGGACAUUGCCCUCAUGAAGCUCAAAGAUGCUGUCAACUGGUCCCCCCUUGUCCAGCCCGUCUGCCUCCCUUCUGUCCAUUUCAAGCUGAUCAUCGGCUCCAUGUGCUGGACCAUUGGGUGGGGACGCCUAAAGGAUGAAGUGGCCCAAAAGUCCCCCUAUAGUCUUCAGGAGGUGGCUGUCAGGAUCAUACACAAUAAUUUCUGCAAUCAACGGUACCAGUUCCUCCUUUCCAAGGACCAGAAGCAGUUCAUCGGGGAUGACAUGCUGUGUGCCAGCUCAGAAUUGGGCUCAGACACUUGCCAGGAGAACUCCGGCAGCUCCCUUGUUUGCAAAUUGAACAACACCUGGAUCCAGAUGGGGAUAGUGAGCUGGAGCUAUCGAUGUGGUGGGCGCCAUCGCUACCCUGGCAUCUACACCAGCACCCCACACUUUACCCGCUGGAUCAAUAAGCAGGUUGUUGGCCUGAGGUUCGCCAGCACCAUCAGAGAUGGCGCAACCAUCCUGAGCUUUCCCUUCCUCGCUGGCUGUAUCCUGCUGGUCUCCUUGGGCUCCCUGUGGCUCCUGUGA